AUAGAAUGUAUAGAAUUCGAUUGGUCACUGCCUCCUUGGGGCUCUGUAUUUCUAUGCAUGAGCAUGAACCUCGAAAUUCCAAAAGAUUUUCCUUAGUUGACACACACGUAAAAGAGAAGUUAAAAAUGCCAAAAAUCCAAGGCAUGAAGCUGAAGAAUGUUGUUGGGGAUGACGACGGCAGCGACGACGAGAGGGACAGUGCAGCAGAUGACUUAGGUGGCCUUUCCUUGGAGAAAUUGAAGCUUGGUCCCACAAAAAUCCAAGGCAUGAAGCUGAAGAAUGUUGUUGGGGAUGACGACGGCAGCGACGGUGCAGCAGAUGACUUAGGUGGCCUUUCCUUGGAGAAAUUGAAGCUUGGUCCCAGUAAAAAACUCCUAGUACUGUGUCUGGGCGGCUUGUUGGCGCACAGGGUGCACAAGCGCGACUCGGCCUCGGUCCAAGGCCGCCGUCCGGAUCUUGUCUACGGCAACUUUCUGGUAUUCAAGAGGCCAUUUUGUGGUGAAUUCCUCAAUUUCUGUUUCCAGCGAUUUGAAGUGGGAUUAUGGUCUUCAGCCAGGGAACGAAAUAUGGAUUAUGUUCUGAGAUUCAUCAUGGAUGAUAGUGUGAGACGCAAGGUUGCCUUUGUGUGGGAUCAGGAAGAAUGCAUAGACUCUGGAUUUCGGAGCUUGCAUAACAAGCAGAAGCCCUUAUUCUUGAAGGACCUGAACAAAGUUUGGGAAAACAAAGACCGUAGUCUCCCUUGGCCGAGUGGCAAAUAUUCAUCAUCCAACACAUUGCUCAUUGAUGACGAGCCCUGCAAGGCCCUCCUGAAUCCUCCUCAUACAUCAAUUUUCCCUCACCCGUACAAGUCAGACAACUGCAAGGACACAUUUCUAGGUCCCAAAGGCGAAUUGCAGGUCUUCUUAGAUGGCCUUGCGGAUGCUGAUGAAGUUCCUUCUUAUGUGAAAGAACAUGCGCUUGGGCAGCCUGCAAUAACCGCCUUACAUCCUGAUUGGGGCUACUAUGAAAGCGUCGUUCGUCAUUUUCAGAGAACAAAGGCAGCUUUAGACAGAUAGAAAGCUUACAACAUGAACAAAUCAUUUGGCUACUAUUUUUCUUGCUUGAAAAAGGAAUAAAAGUUUGGCAUUUCGUAGGUGCUGUAUGGAGUUAUUCUUCAAGUUAAAUGGACCAGGGACUUGCCCUAUUUCCAA